AUGCCUUCCCCCUUCCUAACUCCCGGCGCUCAGUCGCAACUCGACAGUCUUGCUCUUCUUCAACUGCGCAGAGAUCAGACGAUCCCGACGAUUCUCCAACUCCAUGACGAAAAGAACGCAGGGUAUAAGGAAGGAAAAGUCACCAACACCCGCUUCGGCUCAUUUCCGCAUAGCACGCUUUGCGAUCAACCAUGGGGUUCACAGAUCAUCGCAUCCAAGGUAGACACGGGAUCACGGGGCCGCACGCAGCCCAAGAAGUUGAAGCGGAAAGCGGACGAGCUGGAUUCGUCCACCCAGGCCGAAGAUAAGCCUUCUCCGCAGACCCCAGUAGCAGCCUCCAGCGGUUUCCUCCACCUCCUUUACCCUACGCCGGAACUGUGGACCGCGUCGCUUCCGCAUCGUACUCAAGUCGUUUACACACCGGAUUACAGCUACAUCCUCCAUCGGUUACGCGCGCGCCCCGGAAGCACCGUAAUUGAAGCUGGAGCUGGAAGUGGCUCUUUCACCCAUGCGUCUGUGCGGGCAGUGUUCAAUGGAUACCCUUCAGAUGAUCAACCGAUGAAAAAGAGAAGACUUGGCAAGGUUUGCAGCUUUGAAUUCCACGCGCAGCGGGCAGAGAAGGUUCGCGUGGAGGUGAACGAGCAUGGCCUCGACGGGCUUGUGGAGGUAACACACCGUGAUGUUUAUGAGGAUGGCUUCCUCCUCGGGGACCCAAAGACGGGCAAAUCGCCAAAGGCAAAUGCGAUCUUCCUUGAUUUACCUGCUCCUUGGCUAGCUCUUAAGCAUCUCGUUCGCAACCCACCCGAGGGCACGGAAUCACCGCUUGAUCCUACAUCACCGGUCUAUAUAUGUACAUUCUCUCCCUGUCUUGAACAGGUACAGCGCACUAUCAGCACACUCCGCCAAUUGGGAUGGUUGGGAAUCUCAAUGGUGGAAGUCAACAACCGCAGAAUCGAGGUCAAGCGAGAACGGGUUGGAUUAGACUACGAAAAUAUUCGCGGAACAGUCGUCUUCCCAAAAUCUGUCGACGAAGCGGUUGAGAGAACGCGCUCUCUUGAGGAACGCGCCCAGUUGUUCCGUGCAACUCAGAAUCAAAGUGACGGCGACAGUACCCCUGCCCCUAAAGCUGAAAACGAGACAAAGGGCGGCGAUUCUACUAGCAAAACCGAGACUGAUACGCCCGCUCGCCAGCAAGCAUCUGAGGUCCCAGUAUAUAAACAAGGUCGUGUGAUGACCCGGUCAGAAUUAGACCUCAAAAAUCAUACAUCCUACCUCGUCUUUGCCGUUUUGCCUCGGGAAUGGACGGAGGAGGAUGAAAAGCACUGCCGUGAGAAGUGGCCGUCAAACCGGGUACAGGAACCGCAGGGACCACAAAAGAGUAAGAAGCAACUGAAAAGGGAAUCAAAGGAGCAACGCGACCUGCAAAAGAAGGAGCAAAGGCAACCAGAGACCGAGUCUCAAAAGGAAUAG